CUGAAAAGCCGCAGCGGCCAUUGUACAACAUAUAGUUCCUGCGACUCUAAGGCAGGUGUUUACGAUUACUUAAUGAAAUAAGUGUGGAAGCACCUAAAACUGAAGUAGGAACAAGAGACAGGGCCUGGGGCACAAAACCUGAACGCUAACAGGGGAUUUCAACCUCUGUCAAGACAAAGGCUAAAAAAGCCAGGCGAUUUGCUGGUUCCAGGCGGAGGGCGUGGCUUCGGGCAACAGCCAGACAUCGUCUUCCGGAACCGGCCCAUGCCCCGGAAGGGGUUGUUUGUUGGGGCACAUUGGGACUUGUUACGGAAGUUUCACAGGGGCAGUCACCAUGUUUCUCUCCUCGGUUUUCUUUGCCAAGAGCAAGUCAAAACAUAUUCUGGUGAAAAUGUUGAGCCAAGCUGGAACAGGCUAUUUCUUCAACGUCAAGAGAAGCCGCUUACGAGAAAAGUUGACUGUUUUGCGUUAUGAUCCAGUUGUGAGAAAAAGAGUCCUCUUCGUGGAAGAGAAAAAAAUACGCUCCCUUUAAACAAUGGAUUGAAAAUGAAUUUCAUUUAUAAAUGAGAAGACUGAGGGCGGGAUAUUGAUUUAAAAAUCCUGCAGUAUGUAAUAAAAGAAGAGGAAAUGGCGCAGAAUCACUGCCUCUUGUGAUUUGAAGGCCAUUGUGAAGGAAAACAAUGUAGUCAAAGAAAGUUCUUCAUAUUAGGACAGAUAUCAUUGCAUCACACUUAUUUAUCUUUCUGGCUAUUUUUAUAGGCCUUAAUAAAAAAUUUAAAAUAGCCUAUGC